AUGUUCACCAACUCCUAUCGCCCCAUCCCACCGCACGAAGAUGGCAUCCCCCCCUCCCCCUCCGCUUCAACAAGUUACGGUACAUCCGGCCUUCCGCCCGCCUACGCCGACUCCGACAUUCCCGACGACUUCAAAUAUGGCACCAGCGUCGCUGCAGCUGCUCAGGACAUUCGCCUCGCAUUCGUGCGGAAGGUGUAUUCCAUUCUGGCGUGCCAGCUGGGGUUGACGAUGGCGUUGGGCGCUUUGUUUAUGUUUAAUGAUGGGGUCAAGGGCUGGGUUCAGUCGAAUGCGUGGCCAAUGUAUACAAGCCUGAUCGCCACCUUCGUCUUUCUUUUCGCUCUGCACUGGAAGCGCCGCUCGCACCCGGUCAAUCUCUACCUCCUCGCCGCGUUCACCGCCAGCGAGGCGUACUCCAUCGCUGUCCUGGUCACUUUCUUUGACUCGAUUGUGGUUUUGCAGGCUGUGAUCUUGACCUUUGCUUUAUUCGUCGGCCUAACCCUCUUCACGCUCCAAACCAAAUACGAUUUCUCCUCCUGGGGCCCCUUCCUGUUCGGCUGCCUCUGGGUGCUCGUCAUCUCCGGCUUCAUCCAGCUGUUCUUCCCGUUCGGCUCGGCGGCCAAUUUCGCGAUCGCCGUGGGCACAGCCCUCCUGUUCUGCGGGUUUAUUUGCUUUGAUACGCAAAUGAUACUCACCCGUUUGAGCCCUGAGGAAUACAUCGUGGCCUCCGUCGAGCUGUACCUCGACAUUCUCAAUCUGUUCUUGGCAAUCCUACGAAUCCUGAACGCAAGGAACGAUUGA